AUGGCGUUGAUGCCGGGCGAAAAACCGGUGUACGGCACAGAGAUCGCGCCGCAGCUGAACGCUCCGUAUCACCAGCACAUAUUCAAUGCACGACUGGACAUGUCCAUGGACGGACAGAACAAUUCCGUGUACGAGGUGAACACGAAACGUGUGCCCCGAGGAGAGCAGAAUCCGCACGGAAACGCUUUCAUCACCGAGCAUGCCCGCUUCGAAAGCGAAGAAGACGCCGGACGUAACUGCAAUAUGGCAACGAGCCGUUACUGGAGAAUUGUCAACGAGUCCGAAACCAACAGGAUGAAUGAACCCGUAGCCUACCGCCUACUUCCGGGCGAGAAUGCUCUCCCGUUCGCGCACGACGACGCGGCGGUCAUUCAACGGGCAGGCUUCCUGACCCAAGCACCUCUGGGUCACUCCUUACGAGGAGGGUGA